AUGCAGCAUUCCUCUCCAUCACCAAGCUCCAGCCCAACCCGGCCAUCAAACUACGGCAGCGCCAGUCCCGAGACAGCAGCCUCAAGCUUCGACUGCUCAAACAGCAGCCACUGCGGUCCCUGCAAGCGCUAUUUCCGUGACGAUGCAGCGCUGGACCAGCACAUUCUCGCAAAGCAUCACGACACGUACUGCUGGCGAUGCGACAGGCAUUUUACGCAUGUGAGCGGCCUGGAGCAGCAUGUUGCCAAUUCGUCCAAGCAUCAUGUCUGUACUCAUUGUGAUGGGGAGCCGGAUUAUGAUACCGAGGAAGAUCUGAAUGAGCAUCUUGAGGAGUUUCAUAAUGCUUGUUUGGAGUGUAAUGAGAUUUUUUAUGAUGAGGAGGAUUUGAUUGCGCAUGAUGUUGAAAUGCAUAAUCGAUGUGCCACAUGCCAAAGAUUCUUUGAUUCGCCAGCCAAUCUCUUGAAUCACGAAAAGGUCCACCUGGAGAAAAACAUCAAAUGUCUCGCCUGUCCUCGCAUGUUCAUUUCAAAUUCAGCAAUGAUGCUUCACAUGGAGCACGGCACAUGCGAAUCAGGGGCCAACCUCCGUGUUAUCAAAAACCUGGUGGCGGACUGGUACGAGGACUACGGAUCUGUCGGACACCAUCACGAGGAUGAUUUUCGCUGCGAGAACUGCGGGUCUCAUUUCUUGAGACUAAGUGCUUUGCUUCAGCAUGCUGAGAGUGAGAAUUGCGAUGCUGCUGUUUGGGAUUUUUAUCGAAUUUUCGUGCAUAUUGAGUAUAACCAGGAUGCUUUUCAGUUGUUUGAUUAUUAG